AUGAGGAGGCGCAAAAACCAGAAACCAACAUUUAUUGAUAUUUCAUCAUCAGAGGAUGAUUAUUCCAGUGAUGAAGUUGUAUUCAUGGAUAUAAAUGUUAAACACAAAUCAUCUAAAAGUGCUACAUAUAAUGAAUACGGAAUGGAUUUGAAAUGCAUUAUACAAAUAAUGCACGACAUGCUUCCUGGGAUAACAUUUACAGAGGAAACUGCAAAAAUCAUAGCAUUGUCGACUUAUUUUCGGAUAAUUCAAUUAUUAAUAAAAUCAAUUUCUGCAUAUCAACUAAGAGUAAAGCUUCCAUCACAUAGUAUAUGUUCAAUGCCUAAAAUAGGAUUUUGCGUUUUAAGAGCUGAAGAAAUUGCAAAAAAACAUUCACAAAGUUCAGAUUUAUAUAAUAUUGUCGAAGAGAGAGAUAUAAGUACAUAUGUUGAUUCCAUUCUUAAUGAACAAAAAUGGCGUUGUCCUGAUGAUCCUUCAAGAAAAUUCCCAAAAAACUUACGAGAUUAUCUUCCACAAACAAAUACCUCAUAUGUAAUUUCAACUAAAGACAUUCUCUUUGCUCUUAAGUCAGAUAAAAAUAUUUCAAAAUCGAAAUCUCAAGAGUUAGAAAUCGAAUACAAAGAAGAAAACUAG